UUUGAAUUCAUCUUACCUACUGUACCAAUUACCCCGCGUAUCAGGUCCUGAUACACGAUUUGUUGGUCCGUGCCCUUUGGUAUUGGGUGAAACCAUGGCCCGUGCGCGUCACGUACUUUCUCUACACAAGUCUAGGGUAUGUUGACAGCCUACCCACUUUUACCUCAUCACUAGUAAUGGCACAGCAACCAAAACAAGAACAGGUAAACAAACCAAUUUCAAGGCCCAAAUUCGACUUGUCAAACAACACGUCAAAUGCAUCCGGUGCCGCCUCACAAAACACUCGCAAUAGUCAACCAGAAAAUUCCCAACCGCUCUACAUGGAUUUUGAGAUCAUUUGGGCUUGGAUUGCCAACCAGCAUACUAUUUUGCACGACUGCAGAGACCCAGCCAUAUGCGAAUUGCCACUUGACUACGACCAAGAGCCAGCAGCCAGUAACACCCAAAUGGACGGCGAACGCCUAAGAAGAAGCCCGAGAAAGCACGGAAGCACCAGCUCUCGAUCAGAUCCUGAGCCUCAAACAGAGCCUGAAUCUGCCGGCAAUGUCUUUGACGAGACAGAUACACAGCAAACACCAAGGCCGCCAAGACAUGGUCUCGCUCUUCGUACAGCUCCUAAUCUGAGUUAUCCGCACCGAGAUCCAGAGGACUCCGACUUCGCACCAAGAUCUACGAAGACCCCUUCAUACACUGAAAAGAUCAGCAACAGCCGCAGACCAACUUUUACAUCCGGCUCAAGAACUGGUAGUAGUGUUACCAGCCGAACGCGCUCGACAAGUCCGAUUAAGAAACUGGAUGACUUGAGCAAGCUCGAAAAGCCGGUGAAAUGGGAAUCGCCUGAGCCCUGUGAGCUGAAGGAAAUGGUAGAAGAGACGGGUAGUGCUGAAGCGCUGAGGCUCUUCAACGCUAUCUGGGACAUUGCUCAGGACGAGGGAUUUCUACCACGAGAGUUGAAGGAAUUGCUCAAAGGCGAGCUCAUGGUCAAGGAAAGCAAAUUCGCGACCGAGGAUCGGGCAAUGGUUAUACCUGACAAACAAGUCGAGGAUGCCAGCAAGAUCCUUCCAUCAAGUGAUGAUGCCACGAAUCAUCUCAUGGUUCUGUGCAACGAACUCACUACUAUCCGCCAAAUUGUCAAUACCACCAAAGAGUUUGUCUCAAACAAUCGUUCUGAAGCGACUUGGAAUGACCACAUCCACGGCCCAACUCUUCGUCUCGCUGUAUCCAACAUCCCCGAAGUCGAAGCCGAGAACAUCACAACUUCGGCUAUCGAAAGGACAUGCAUACCCCCAGCACGUGGCGAUCUCGAAGCUCUCGGCGGAAAAAUGAUCGACUAUGCUUUUCUUCUUCGCCCCGACAAGGCCCUUGAAACUCGUAUCACGAAUUUCGUUGCGGAGCUUCCAGAUGUGCAAUCCUUCAACCAGUCGACGCAUGGGCCCUUGUGCAAGGAGCCUACGGGGGUUCUCAUCGAAACAAAGGUCGAAUCUAAGAGGCAGGGCGAGGGAAAAACGCAGCUGGGGAUAUGGCUGGCUUCGUGGUUUGGACGUGUGGCCAAGUUUGAGGGAUCGAAGAAACUCCCGUUUCUGCCGGUUAUUCUUGUCGUAUGUGAGAAUUGGGAGUUGUAUUUUGCCUUUAACAAGGAGGAUCGGUUUGAGGUAUGCGGGCCAGUUGGUAUUGGGAACACGAAGUCAAUUGAGCACUUUUAUCAGCUACUUGCUGUAUUAAGGCUGCUGGGCGGUUGGAUGAGGGGGGAGUUUCGGGAUUGGGUUGAGCAUUGUGUAUCGUGAGGCGAGGGACUACGUCGAUGAUCGAGGGCUUUUGGAUGGAGUUUUCGGGCGCAAGCGACGAUACUUUCUAAGAAUUAAUAUUUUGAGAGUUUUUGAUACCAAUUUUACAAUGUUUACUGUACUACCAUGCACCUGAC